AUGGGUAACGAAAAGAGUGCAUGUUUUUCAUGCCAAGAUACUCUGAGCAAUUUAGAUGAUAAUAUAAAAAAUAUGGAUAUGCUGUGGUUAUAUCAGGGGAGUAAAAACGCGAAUGUCGAAGCAGAUGUAGAAGCGGAUGUAGAGGCGAAUGUCGAAGCGGAUGUAGAAGCGGAUGUAGAGGCGAAUGUCGAAGCGGAUGUAGAGGCGAAUGUCGAAGCGGAUGUCGAAGCAAAUGUUGAUGAUAACAUCGCUGCGUGUGCGCGGAGUGACGAGGGGGACGGAGGAUCAAUUAAGGAAGAGGGAGCAGAGAUUAAGGAGUAUUACAACUACGCGAAAGAGAGUUCAAAAAAAAUAUUAGAAUCACAUGUAAAUGAAUACCAAAAGGAGUUAGAUAAAUACAAGAAAGACCCUAAAUGUAAAAUUGAUCCAACUAUACAUAUAGGAAACACUGAAGAGAUAGAGAAUUAUGUUAUAACAGAAAAAAUAUAUAUUACAACGUACAUCCAAUAUAUAGAUAUAUAUGAAGAUGCUAUUGAUGUGAAUGAAGAUAUUGAAAAAGAAGAAGUUGAAUAUGUAGAGGUGCCUAAGUAUGUAACUAAGUACGUACCUAAAGUAGUAACAAAUUAUAUGGAAAAAAUUAUUGAAAUACCAAGUGGUGAAGAAAUUAAACGACCGCAAUAUAAUAAUGUAAAUGUGCCAUAUAUUAUUCCAAAAAUUGUAGAAAAAGAAAUAGAAGUUGUCUUAAAAAAAAUUAUAAAACCAGAAAUAGAAAUAACAAAUGAGGAACUAGAAAUAGAAGUAUUAAAAUAUAUUCCUCGGAUAGUACCUGUUAAUGUAUAUGUACCUCGUUACUUUGGUCUCUCUGCUAAAGUUAAAGGGGAAGAGGAAAAACAAAUUACAUACGUCAGCUUAUCUGAUAAACAAAUUGAUCAGUUAAUGAAAGAUUUAAAUCCUCAUUUGGAUGAACUCAAAAUUUUUAAUGAAAAUCAAACAAAAAAAAUGCAUGAAUAUAUUAAAGAAUCGCAAACGCAAGCACACAAUCAUAACCUACAACCCCCUCAACCCCAAUUGGUAGCCUAUGAUGAAUAUGGUAACUGCAAUAGCUAUGACUAUUCCGAAUUUUACAGAUUUGAAGAAUCGUGUGCUCAGCAGUUGAACUACUUGCAGACCCAUGAUAGCACGAAAGAUGUGGUUGCCGAUAAAUCGGGGGGUAUAAAAGUAAACCACUUGAAAUAA